UAUGGCUAAGAUCAAAGUGUAGUAUCUGUUCUUAUCAGCUUAACAUCUGAUAGUUCCUCCAUUGGAGGACAACAAAUGUUAAACUGAUUUUUGGAAACAGACGGAGUGCUAGGAGCUUGCUCCACCUCUGUCGCGGGUUGGCCCGGUAUUGCAGUACCGCCGGGAUUUCGGCCCAACUAAAAAAUACAUUUGCAAAAAGACUAAAGACUAUAAGUGUCCCCUGUAGCUCUUACAGGCGGAUGGUUGGGAAUUAUGUAGCUUCAUUGUGUAUUCUGUCAGUGUCGUUUCCCAGACGCCAUCAAAAUUAUGUGUUAGGAAACUCCCUUUCCCUCCUCCCGCCCUCAAGCUCACCGCCAACCAUGUCUGCGUCUGCCUCGCUGAGAGAUCCGGCUUCCUCUGAUGCGAUGAGCCGGAACCAAAAGCGCCAGGAGAGGCGGAAGCAGCGCAGGCAGGACAUACAACACCUCUUGUACACCAAGCACUUCUCCAACUGCCGUCUGCCCAUUUCUGUGGCUUCGUCCUCCGAGGAGCAGCUGCUGCGAUUCGGGUCUCUAACAUCGCCGCCCAGCGAAAGACGCAGCAAGCUCUUUGUGAUCUCGCCUAGCAAAUCGCCCUGGGACCGCCUCCGCUUAGUGCCCUGCCCGAUCCAAGGAUGCUGCUGCUCGCUGGACCCCAGCGCCCUGUUGGGCCACUACCUGAGUGACCACCUUCCCGGGCUGGGCAUCCCAUUCGGCGAGCUGGUGACGGGCAAGCGCGUCUCGCUGAGCUGCCACGUGAGCAGCCUGGAGAACGACGUUCACAAUUUGCUGGGAGUUUUUGGCUACCGACGCACUGGCCUGAAUCCGCUCAAAUGCCCACGGAACACACACCUGCCCGCCGAGUACCGGCAGUUCUCGCAGCACGGCGCCCUGCUGGUCUUCGCCUGCCGCACCCAGCACUCCAUGUUGUGGCAAACCAAGGAGGGCACCAAGCACGACGUCCUAGCCAUCUGGGCGAGCACUCCACUCCACGACGCGGUCAUUUCGUUGCGCCUGCUUGUCCAGCCCGCCAACUCGGCUCGCUACUACACCAAGCAGGUGCGAGCUCGCCCAAUCCAGUCGUGGUCGGCGAGGCAGUCAUGUGGCGAGUUCAUCAGGACGGAUAGUAAUGUGAUUCUCAUCAGCUUCGAGGACCUGCGGCAGUUGAUGGACUUGGACGUGCCGCAGCAAUUGCUAACGGUGGAGCUUAAGGUGGUCGGCGAGGCGAAGAUUUAAAAUUUAAUAUAAACCAGAAAGAAAGCUAACUUUGGCCAGCCAAAAUUUGUAUACCCUA